AAAAGAAAAAGAAGAAAAAUAUAGUAAUUUAUUGGGGUAUUUGAUUCUUGAAAAUAGCUUUUAAAUUUUAUUUUUCUUAGGUGAAUGAAGGUCCAUCUGCCAUUUUUUACCACCUUCCUGUCCACGUUAUAAAUAUUCUGGCACAGUUUUGACCACAUAAACUUCAGCCAUGUUCAGCUAAGUAUUUUGCAUUAGGCUCUGUCUGAUAGUCAUAGUCAAACACAAAACUUGAAAUUUGUGUCGAGAUUUAGCUUUUUCAGUAGACAUUAUGGUAUACAUAUUUGUGUGAUCCAACAUGUCUUGCAUUAGGAGUUUUUGGCAAUGUGUUGAGGGAUUGGUUCCCUUCUUCCUGUGUUUGUGCAUAUGGCGUGAUACAAGGCUGUAAUUGCUGGUUAGAGACUAUUAGCUGGUGGUACCUUCAGGACAGCAGUGAGAUUUGGGAAAAUGCUGGCGUUCCUCAUUCAUAUAUUGAAACGAAUUUGUUGUGUUGAAGAUGAAGAAAGGGAAAUCAAUCAAUACCAGAAUCUGAAGCAGAGCCACUAUGAUUUUCGGAGAGUUCCAAUUAUUGACUCUUUUCCAGGGUCUUGCAAUUCUUUGGUGCAAACAACCACCCCCUCCAGAAGCAACGAAGUCUAUAAUGUCAACAAAUCAAGGUCAACCUUUAAUGAAUAUUUGGUUCCUAGUAAGCUAUCUAGAAACGAGGUUAGUAAGUCUGUGACUAGCUCUACAAGUACUGGAAUUGGUAACAAGAAUCUGAUAGUUGCAUCUGAAUCCACUUCACCUUCUUCCGUACACCAUGCCAAGCAACCUUCCAUUACUGCCGGGCCGAGUGAAGUACUGAAAAGCCCUGCUGAAAUUACUCAGAACCGAAACAAUUUAUCAUCUUCUAUGGACCACAAUCCUCAAAUUUGCAAGAGAGACGCCACUAUGCCAACUGAACAGAAAUUGUCCCCUGGUGUAUCUUCAGCUUCUUAUAAAUCAUUUCCGUCUUCCACAAAAUUGCCUCAUUUACAAUCCUCCAAGCUGUCACCAUGUGAAUCUGGGACCAAGAAGCUCCACUCAUUCCUUGAAACAGAUUCACCAUCAUCUUAUACUAAGCUUGCUGACUCUUGCUCUCAAAAACCCCCUCCCUUGUCAACUAAGCCGGUCCUGUCUCUGGUGUCUACAAGCUCUAUCAGUCUGCAGACAAAGACUAAGUAUGUUUGGGUAGAAAAGGGUGUGUCAUCCACAUACGUGUUUCCAAAGGGUAUUAGAGAUUUGAUUGAGAAAGACAUUGUCCCAGGAGUCCUCAAGCAGCCUUUGUCUAUGUCAACAUACAUGGAUUACUUUCAGGCUCUGUUGUAUGCUGAGGACUGUCACCUGGAGAAAUGGGAUGGAUUUGAGGUGAAGAAUGUCAAUCUGGAGUUGCAUGAAGCGUCAAUAUACAUGAGAAAAAGAAAACAUAAAACCUUGGAGGAAUCUGACCUGAAAGAUGAAAAGACCUUUGUUGCAUUUGAAAUUGACGAGAUACCUGAAAGGAGGCCAUUUUUGCUAUCAAGAGAUUUUGUUUCCGUACAGCCUUGUAGCAGGAAAAUCGAGCCAUUUCAGGGUGUCAUUUAUCGUGUGGUAAAGAGCAACCUUGUGUUAGCUGAAUUUGGAAAAAGUUUUUACUCUCAGCAUCGCCCAGAGUGCAAAUAUGAUGUAAAAUUUUCAUUUAAUAGAGUUUGUUUGAAAAGGGCUCACCAAGCAAUUGCAGAUGUGUCAUCUGCUUCAUUCAGGAACUUUCUCUUUCCUGAUUUACCACCAGAACAUGAAGUUCUUUCUACACAGCGUGUGGACAACAGAUAUCAGAAAGCUAACUUCGCUGUUCAUCAAAUAUUGAGGCUUCAGGGUGCACCUCCCUAUCUCGUGGAGGGACCAAUGUGUAUUUCUGAAGGUGGUCAUUUAUCAAGAACUGGAGUGGUAAUUGUAGAAGCAGCACGUCAGAUUCUUCGCAGUGAUCCAUCGAAAAAGAUUCUUCUGUGUGCACCUGUAAACAAAACAUGUGAUCUGCUCCUGAGAGGACUCAAGAAAGAGAUGUCGGACUCUGAUAUAUUUAGGGCCAAUGCUGCAUUCAGGGAGGUGGACGGGAUUCCUGUGGAUAUAUUACCCUCUUGUCUUUACGAGAGACAAACAGAGUGCUUUUCUUGUCCACCGCUUGAAGAGCUUCGAAAAUUCAAGAUAAUUUUAUCCACUUUCAUGAGCAGUUUUCGGCUGCAUAGUGAAGGAGUAAAGGCGGGACACUUCAGUCACAUUUUCCUGGUUGAUGCCUCAUCUGCCACUGAACCAGAGACAAUGAUCCCUAUAGCUAACUUUGCUAAUGAUAAAACCAUUGUUGUGGUGACUGGUGCACCAAGAAACCGUUCUGGUUGGGUUCGCUCAAAAAUUGCGAGACAGAAUGGACUGAUGAUUUCAUACUUUGAGAGGCUUCGCGAGAGGGAGCUGUACAAGAAACUUAAUCCAGGGGUAAUAAUGCAGCUGGAAGACAACUCAAAUGAAAGAUUUAGGUCUCUACCAGCAUUUGGGAUAUAAAAUUACUUUGUUAAUUGCAGACCAACUGGAGUUGUAUAUAUUAUGUUGGUAACGUGUGAAAGUUGUAUUUUUACCAAACUGCCUUUUAUAGCUAAACUGUUGGAUUUCUAUAGAAUGUGCUAGUUUUUAUUGGUCC